CUGGUCCGGGCACCCGCGGUCCGCCAGGCCAGAACCCACGACUGAAACAUAGCGGGGCCGCACCGAGGUCUCGGGAAGGGGGCCAAUGGUCCGCCAGGCUUCCCGGCCUGGAAAGGAAGAGGGCGCCUGGGGCGGCCGCGCUGGGCCCGGAGGAAUCCCUCCCGCGCCACCUGGCCAGACCUCUUUCCGCCGGGCCGCUCCGCGCGUGCGGGGAAGGCGGAGCCUCGGAAGCCCCCGGCACGCCCAGCGCCCGGAUAUUUGCAUAUUUCGCAGCCUCGGGCUCCGCCUGGGGAGAUGCUCUGUCUGGAGACCCUGCGCGCCUGGCUGGACCGGGCUUCUCCGCAGACAUUUUACCCUGUUUCCCACCCUUCCUGCGCUGGAGACCGCGAGAUCCAAUUCCUCUUCCCUGUAUCAUCUUUUUUCUAAUUAUAAGUCAUGGGGGAUGAAGAUAAAGUCAUUGAACAUGAAGAUUUGGAACCAUCUUCAGGAAUGGAUCACACAGCUUCUGCAUAUCAAGAAAUACAGGAGGAAACAGUUAUGACCUCCAAAGCAACAGACGCCAAAGAACCAACAGAAGGAAGUAACCUCCUGAAUAGCCAUGAAAAAAAGCUACAAAAACUACCAACUGAAUCAAAUAAUUUGCAAAGACUAAGACAAACAUUUUCUUGUCCCCCACAUGGUUUUCUGGAUAAAGGAAUAACAAAUGUUACCAUGGUGGUUCUUCUCUGGGCUGUAGUUUGGUCAAUUACUGGCAGCGAAUGUCUUCCUGGAGGAAACCUAUUUGGAAUUAUAAUCCUAUUCUAUUGUGCCAUCACUGGAGGUAAACUUUUGGGGCUCAUUAAGUUACCUACAUUGCCUCCACUGCCUCGUCUUCUAGGCAUGCUGCUUGCUGGGUUUCUUCUCAGGAAUAUCCCUGUCAUCAGUGAUAACAUACAGAUCAAGCACAAGUGGUCUUCUGCUUUGAGAAGCAUAGCCCUGUCUGUCAUAUUGGUCCGUGCUGGCCUUGGACUUGAUUCAAAGGCCCUGAAGAAGUUGAAGGGUGUUUGUGUAAGAUUAUCCAUGGGUCCUUGCCUGGUGGAGGCAUGCACGUCUGCUCUUCUUGCCCACUUCCUAAUGGGUUUACCAUGGCAAUGGGGAUUUAUACUGGGUUUUGUUUUAGGUGCUGUAUCUCCAGCUGUCGUGGUACCCUCAAUGCUCCUUUUGCAGGAAGGAGGCUAUGGGGUUGAAAAAGGCAUCCCGACCUUACUCAUGGCUGCUGGCAGCUUCGAUGACAUUCUGGCUAUCACUGGCUUCAACACAUGCUUGGGCAUGGCCUUUUCCACAGGUUCCACAAUUUUUAACGUUCUCAGAGGAAUCUUAGAAGUGGUAAUUGGUGUGGCAGCUGGUUCUCUUCUUGGAUUUUUUAUUCAGUACUUUCCAAGCAGUGACCAGGACAAACUUGUAUGGAAGAGAGCAUUCCUUGUUUUGGGGCUGUCUGUGCUAGCUGUGUUCAGCAGCGUGUAUUUUGGUUUCCCUGGGUCAGGAGGACUGUGCACAUUGGUCAUGUCCUUCCUUGCAGGCUUGAGAUGGGCCAGCGAAAAGGCAGAGGUUGAAAAAAUUAUUGCAGGUGCCUGGUACAUUUUUCAGCCCCUUCUCUUCGGACUGAUUGGAGCAGAAGUAUCUAUUGCAUCUCUCAGACCAGAAACUGUAGGUCUUUGUGUUGCCAUCCUGGGCAUUGCAGUAUUGAUAAGAAUUUUGACUACAUUUCUGAUGGUGUGUUUUGCUGGUUUUAACAUCAAGGAAAAGAUAUUUAUUUCUUUUGCAUGGCUUCCUAAGGCCACAGUCCAGGCUGCCAUAGGAUCUGUGGCUUUGGACACAGCAAGAUCACAUGGAGAGAAACAGUUAGAAGAAUAUGGAAUGGAUGUGUUGACAGUGGCAUUUUUGUCCAUCCUCAUCACAGCCCCAAUUGGAAGUCUACUCAUUGGUUUGCUGGGUCCCAGGCUUCUCCGGAAAGCUGAACAUCAAAAUAAAGGUGAAGAAGUUCAGGAAGAGACCUCUAUACAAGUUUAGAGGUGAAAAGAGACAAAGCUGAGUGUAAUGAUUAGAAAGCUGCUGCCAGAAACUUCUUUUACCAACUAGCGAAGUCUAUGUUAUCUAGAUGCAUAUUGAGAUAUGUAAUGUUUAAGCUUUAAAUGUAAUAGAACCAAAAGUGUGGCUAUUUCUUUAAAGAGCAUUUUUAGCCGUCCUUUUCAUGUCAGUGGUAAUAUUCUACAUCUCCAACCUAAUUUCUUGACCUCUCUUUUUUUUUUUUUCAAAUACCUCUUAAUUGUGUAUCUUACAUUGUUUAGUAAAAUGUACUACCACAAUUUAUUUUUUUGAGAUUUUACCUAUUUAUUUGACAGAGACACAGCAAGAGAGAGAACACAAGCAGGGGAGUGGGAGAGGGAGAAGCAGGCACCCCACUGAGCAGUAAACCAGAUGCUGGGCUUGAUCCUAGGACCCUGGGAUCAUGACCUGAGCCAAAGGCUGAUGCUUAAAGACUGAGCCACCCAGGCUCACCACUACCACAAUUUAAAAUUAACAUGGAAAAGAUCAAGUUCAGUAUCCUGUUCUACUAACCAACAGCUUGAUUUAACUUACUGUUACUGUCAUAAUUUCAUGAUUCAUGGUCAUCUGACCACUCAAACCUUGAAAUGUUUUGGACUCCUCUAUACUUUUUUAUUUUUAAAUACCAUAAUGCAACACUUCAUCAGUUUCUACUCCCACUUUUUGUGCCAAUCUGCCUCUUCUCCAUUUUGACCUCUCUUGUUACCCUUCUGUGAAUUAUUUUAACUGAUUGGUCCCACCAAAGUUUUCAAGUGUGCCAAGUGUCUUCAUUGGCUCUUCCUCUUGCACCUAUCUAAAGACCUUAUCCUUUCUCCUAACUGACAACACAGAGUCUCCCAUUUUAGCAGCGCUUCUGAGUUUGCCUUCCCCUGAGGAGUGCCCUGGUUCAGCCCUUUCUUAUUUGUUUCUUGUGACCCAUAUCUUCAGGCUCUUCCUUUGCUGUAGGUGAGAGAUAACUGUCAAAUUUAUGCCCACCUCAUAAACGAAAUAUUAAUUAGAGUAAGGUAAACUGCUAUAAUGAGAAACCAAAAAAUAUAGAACUUAAAAUAGAAAUUUAUUUCCCUUUCGUGAAACUGGCUGACUGGUUGAUGCUGUCAUGAUUAGUCAGUUCAUGGUUUUCCUUAGAGACCCAUGUCCUUCUAUCUUGAGGCUCUGACAUGUCUUAAGCCCUAAGACAGGUUAAAGAUGAAUGUCUCCCAUGUCUCCUUUCUAGACUUCAGGAAGAAGUGGAGAGGGUGAAUCCAAAGCAAGCAAUUUAUUUUUGAGUAAAUGAUGUGAAUUUGGCCAUAUAUCUCCUCUUACAUUCUACUGGUGAUGACCACACCCAGCUCUGAAGAGGUCUGAUAGUAUUACCUCCCACUAAGCAUCCUUUAGUGAGAUUCUUAGGAGUAAGAAAAGUUCAGAUUUGGGAGACAGAGGUACCAUUGUAUGGAAUGUUACCAUCACUUAGUAAUAUAAUCUUGCAUGUUAGCAGGCUUUCUAAAGAUAGUACCUUAAACUGAAAGAGUGAUUUCUAUGGCAAGAUUUUCAACCAUUGUGGCAUGCUUACAGAGAAGACAGUAGAAGAAAGGCUUAUCUACAUAGGUCACAUUUUAUCCCACUUACUCAACAGACCAUCUUUGCUUUAAUGUAUCAUCUUUAAAUUCUCUUUGACUCUAGAUCAAUUUCUGCCUAGUUGCUAGAAUAAUUAUAUUUGAAUAUAGUUCACAGUGUUUUUCAUGGUGUAUGUAUCCCUGAAGCAUUUAUUACUUACUCGUCAUAUCCCUGAACUCAGAACUCUUUAACCCAGAAUCCAAAGUUCAGUCUAAUCUUAAAGUAGAUAUUAAAAUGUGUGAAAUGAAUAGAUUAUAAAUAUUCUGAUACUACCAAGAUGAUUUGCAUAAAGCCUAUCCAUUCCUCUUUUGUCCUUAGACUGCUGUUCCAGAUCCUUUCUCCAUGACUUUUACCUCUAUUUAAAAGCAGCUUAAUUUUUAUUAAGCUUACAUAUUAUGAAGCCAUAACAGUUUCAUUUUUACAUCAGCCUGAUGUUGGUUACUCUGUGGUACUGUGUUUUCUUCUAGUUCAUGCUCUUUAUUUGGAUUGUAUUAAUUUACACAAAAAUUCAGAUAGAUAUUUCAAACUGAACUUAAUUGGUUAGGUGUACAUUGGUGGCAGCAACAUAAAGCCAAUGUUCAUCUGGUUCUCUCUUUUGACAGGCUCUAAAACCAGAUUCAUUCAACAAAGACUUAAUGGAAGUUUUUGAUGACCUAAGCACAUCAUCAAAACUGCUAUUGUUCCUGUCCUUAAGGAUCUGUCAGUCUGAUGGAGGAGACAGAUAAGAGAUUUCAAAACAGUAUGAUAAGUGCUAUAAAGCAGCAAAUAUGGGAGUCAAGAAAGCUCAUAACAGGAGCACCCACCUAACCCAGGGGUAGUGUAGUUUAGGCACAGCUUCCAGAGAAAAUAGGGUCUUGGCUAGGAUGUGGGAGAUGAUUAAGACUUAGACAGCAAAAGGCAUGUGACCCAGAAGGGUGCUGCAGUUAGUGCUAGGUCCCACAUUCUCCAAUAGUUUUUGAGGCUCCAAACGCUUAUUAACUUAUUAAAAAAAUACAAACGCUUAUUAACUUAUAAAAAAUACAACUGGUAUAAGUAAAUAAGAAUGUUGUUAUAAAUAGUCAAGACCCCAAAGAAGAAUGAGAAGUGGAAAUUCACAGUGUAGAAAGGGCAGAAGAAGCCAUUUAGCCACUACCAAUAGCCUGUUGCAUUUUGGAGAGCAUGCAGCGAGUUCUCCUUCUCCUCAGUGAGCAGCCACCAUCUAAAUCUCUAAAUGUCCAGUAUGGGCCUGUGCAGGGCUCACCAUUGAAGCCUCAGGUUUAUCACCACAUUGUGAGUCACAGCUGUCCACUUGGUUGGUGAACUCAGAGUUAACCUGAUAUAGAGUGUUGACUCAGGUCAACCAAACCUACCCAACCCCAACCACAGAUAGAAACAAUUACUCUAACCCCUGAGUCCCUAUAAAAGGGAUGUAUGUAUCCUACAAAAGGGAUAUAUAUAAAAGAGAAGAUACUUCUGUCAGAACACUUAUAACUCUUUUUUCAGUUUGUCUACAUUCUUGUCUCCUAUGAAAUCAGCUCCUUAGGAGUGAGAGCCUUGUCUUGGUUAUCUUUGGACCCUCACUAGUUUGCACAUGGCAUGAAAUACAGUAAGCAAUUAAUAAACAUUUAUUGGCUGAAUUGCUGAGGGGAUCCUCUUCCAGUAUAGAAAACCACUUGCCGGGGCACCUGGGUGACUCAGUGGGCUAAGCCUCUGCCUUCAGCUCAGGUCACGGUCUCAGGGUCCUGGGAUCAACCCUGGCAUCGGGGCUCUCUGCUCAUUGGGGAGCCUUUUUCCCCCUCUCUCUCUCUGCCUGCCUCUCUGCCUACUUGUGAUCUCUCUCUCUGCCAAAUAAAUAAAACAAAAUAAAAUCUUUAAAAAAAAGAAAACCACUUGCCACAUAAUAGUUCAGAUCUUAGUCUCCUUGCUCUGUCUUAGUCUCUUUGGGCUGCUAUAAAAGAUACCACAGACUGAGUGACUUAAACAACACACAAUUAUUUUCUCAUAGUUCUGAAGGAUGGAAGUCCAACAUGAGGGUGCUAGCAUAAUCAGGUUCUACUGAGGGCUCUCUUCUGAGCUUGCUUAUGGCCUCUUUCUUGCUAUGUUCCCACGUGGUAGGGAAAGAGAUGAGAAUGGGGUGGGAGAGGGGGAGUAUGUACACUCUCUGGUAUCUUUUCUUACAAGCACACGAAUCCCAUCAUGAGGGCCCCACCCUCAUGACCUCACCUAAUCCUAAUAACCUCCAAAGGCCCCAUCUCACAGAACAGCACCUCGGGGAUUAGGGUUUCAACAUACGAAUUUGGGGAAAACAGUCCACAACAAGGAGGUCAUACUUCAAGAACACUUCUAAAAAAAUUACUAUAAGUACUUGUUCUACCAUGUCCUUUUUUCUCUAGGAUCAGUUCCAUCCAUCUCUCCUCCAAGAGGUUUUUUUGUUUUUUUAUUUGGGGGGGCGUGGCUGAUUAGGUUUCAGCUCUAAAUUGUUUUCACAUUCCAGUAUUUUUCUCUCUUUUUAACUCCAGAUAACCUUGAUUGGACCUGGGUGUCCUUAAAGUUUCCUCAGCCACAUAUUUGCAAAUGAUCUCAUCCUUUACGCUCUUUAAAAAUAGUAUUUUUUUCCUGAUUGCAAGAUAAGACAUUUUCACCGCAAAAAAUUUAGAGCACAGGAAAGUACAAGGAACAAAACUGAAACUACUCAAUGUAAACAUCCACUUUAUUUUCAUUCUUUUACAUUUUACUCUUGCAGUUCAAAGGAUGUCUUAAAGAUACAUCAUCCACUGAAUUAGGUGAAAGGCAUCAUAAAUACUUUAUAUUUGACUUCUGUGAAGAUAUACAGAUUGAAGAACUUUUAUUGUAUAUAAUGAAUAUUGAACUUUCCAAAUACUCAUUCAGUCACCUGGUAAUUGUCAAAUAUUCAUUUUGCAAUGAAUAAAACUGACAAAUCCUUACCUUCAUGGAGCUUAUGUUUUAAAAUCCAUUCAUUCACUCACUCAGAAUGCACUCAUAAUACUCUACUAGAUGCCAGGAAUUAUGCUAAAUACCCAGGAAUUCAGCAAUGGCCAAGAUGUUCAAGGGCUCUGCUUAAUGGAACUUGAUUUCUAGUGGGAAAUGGACACUGUAGAGAAUACAAAUAUGAAUAAGACAUGAUACUUUUCUUCAAGAAUUGGAUCUUCAAUUUAAAUUGAUGUAUUAAUAUUAGAGAGUAAGAAGAAGAAGGAGAGAACGAGGUCAUGAAUGGGCAUAUUAGGAAAGUUUGAAAUAGUAAAGACUGGAAUAUAAUAAAAAUUGGCACUUAAGGUUGAUAAAGAAAAUUAGUGACAGGAGGAUUGGAAAAGAAAAUCGACAGUUAAAUUGUACCAAAUAGAUCACUGACCACAUUUCUAUCUUUAUUACUUGAUCACCUUUCAAUUUAUUGCUUCCCAAUGUACAAAACCAUUUAUAUAGAAGACAUUUUUAAAGCAAUUUUUAUCAUGUCAAAUUUAGUGAAAAAUGCUAUCAUUAAUAAGUUUCUCUUCAUUCCUCAAAAGUGUUUUGUUUUCAAUGACAUGGUUGCAAUCAUGUAAUCAACUUCAUUAUUAAGUUACUAUUGAGUUUUUAUAAGAAAAUGCAUCAAUGUUUUUUGAACCAUUA